AUGGCUCCUUCGCUGCUGCUGCUGCUGCUGUCACUACCAUGGCCGGUGCGUCCCGGAUCGCUCCAGAGGUGCUGGGAGCUGCUACAACACCAACUGCAGCAGAGCUGGAGUCGCUUUGCCAGUCCACAGUGGGCACUAGCCUUACCAGUCCCGAAUCCAUCCAUCCUCACAGAACCAGGACAUGAUACCACUGAAGAUAAAGAGAAUUCCAGCUUUUUGGAUAGUAGCUUUUGGAUGGCAGCUCCCAAAAACAGACGCACCAUCAAAGUUAACCGAUGUAGGAGAAUAAACUCUCACAAGCUUAUUAAAAUAAAGAACAAUAUAGACAUUUGCCCUGAAUGUGGUCACCUGAAGCAGAAACAUGUCCUUUGUGGAUAUUGCUAUCAGAAAGUACACCAGGAGACAACAAAAAUCAGACAACAGCCGGGCGGUGGUGAAGGGGGUCCUUUCAAAGCUCCUUCCGUUGAGACUGUGGUAUAG